AAGUGCGAGGCGAAGAAGAGAAACAAUGGCCGCGGAAUCGAAAUCUCUAAAAGCAUGCCUAACCAGUGUCGGCAACAGGGAGCAAGAACCACUGUACGGUCUCUUCUUGGCCACUUUCUCGCCAACGAUGGCGGAAAUAGCUGCCCAUUCCGGCUAUGACUUUGCGGUCAUCGACAUGCUGUACGGCUACGGCGACAUCCCCCACGUCCUUCCCUGUCUUCACGCCCUCUCCGCAACUCACACCCCAUCCCUCAUCAGGCUUCCAGAAAGUUCCGCAGUAUGGGCCAAGAAGGCCCUCGAUAUAGGCCCAUCGGGCCUCAUCUUUCCAGGCAUAAACAGCCCAAAGUCGGCCCGCGAUGCUGUGUCAUACUGUGCAUACCCGCCGAAAGGGGUCCGCGGAGCUGCUCACCCCGCUGUAAGAGCCUCCAACUAUGGCUUGGACCAAAAUUACCUCUCCAAAUGCGAGCAUGACUUGUUAAUCAUCUGCCAGAUUGAUUCGGAGGUUGGUUUGGAGAGCGUGAAAGAUAUAGCUGCAGUUGAUGGAGUUGACUGCGUCAUGUUAGGCCCGUUGGGUCCGGGCCUAAGCCCAGAUAAGCUGAGGAUGGCGGAAGAUGCCGUUUUGGAGUUGAAGGGUUCCCGUGGGCCUGGGAAAGGCCCGCAUCUAGCGGGUUGUGGUGGUGUUGAGCUCAAGAAGCUUGGGUACCAUUUGGUUUGUGGAUCUACGGAUGUCACUUUGUUUAGAGACGCCGCGCUAGCUUCCGUUAACAGCUUCAAGAGCUCAACUUCCGGGAGCUAGUAUAUAAGCUCAAAGCCUACUCUACAUAUAUCCCAUAAUAAUAAUAAUCGUAAGGGGGUUAUGGGUUCGGUUUGGUUUAAUUUUGGACUAAAAAUUAAUUGAACCAAUAUGUUUGGUUUAUAUAGA